AUGAUAAUUGUUCAUGUUAUAUUUCAUUUUUAUUUAUUGGUAUAUUUAGUUUUGAGUUACGCUUCUGAUAAUCAGUCAAGUUUCUCUUGUCCAGUUGGUUCAUUCUAUUCUUGUAAAGCUAAGCAAACCAUAGUACUAAGUUCUUCUGAUCCAAGUCCACUUAGCGCCAAACUUACUGUAUCUCAGUUAAAAGUUGAAGCAUUUCGAAAUGGAUUGAAGCCCGAAUUUAAUGGCAUCAGUAAGUCUACUUCUGUUUUAUAUAAUUUUGUGGCUGCGUGUUCAAAGUUUUGCUAUACCAAGUUCCCUACUAGUGAAUGGUUACGUACUGAAUUCAUGAAUAGAUGA